GCCCGCAGUGUCUCUGCUCCCCCCUCCCUCUGAGCAGCACUCUGGCCUGCCUGCUGAGCGGCUACUCCCCCCAGGGGACGAUGGUGAACUGGGAGGUGGACGGGGUGGAGGUGAAGGAGGGGUCCUGACCACCACAGAGGAAGAGAAGGGCGGGCGCCGCAGCAGCACCCUGACCCUGAGCAAGGCACGCUGGGAAGAGGGAGAGGUGUACACCUGCAGGGUCGCCAACAACGAUACCAUGAUCUUCACUGUAACAGCUGCAGCAUCACAACACAGAGAGGUUUUUGUACCAGCAGUAACGGGGAUUGUAUCACUGUGGUGGACUUUUGGUAGCGGCACCAGACUUGAUGUUGGAAGUAACAGGGCCCCCACCCUCACCGUCCUGCCCCCCUCUAGUGAGGAGCUGUCCAGUACCACAACAGCCACACUGACAUGUCUGGCCAACAAGGGCUUCCCCUCAGACUGGACCAUGAGCUGGAAAGUGGACGGGACCAGCAAGAAGCAAGAGGCCAGUCCCGGGGUCCUGGAGAAGGACGGUCUAUACAGCUGGAGCAGCACCCUGACUCUCACUGCCCAGGAGUGGACCAAGGCAGGAGAGGUGACCUGUGAAGCCCAGCAGAAAUCCCAGAGUCCAGUCACCAAGACCCUGAGGAAGGCUGACUGUUCUGAGUAGGACCCCUCAGUCACACAUCCCUGUGGAGAGAGGCUGCUGGUUCCAUUGCUUUGACUCUGUUCUGAGAUCAGAUGUUCUCUGUCUUAUUGAUCACUGACAUGUAGACUAACAGAGGGCUUUGCUUGAGUUCAUGAGUCAAUCCUCUCUGUAGACUGAGGUUGUAUCAGUGUUAGAUGUGAUGUGUUCUGUUUUAUUACUAUUAGAUUCUGUAGGAAUGUUUGCUUUGAUGAAUCGAUGAAAAUAAAGAUUUCCCUUUGGACAAAUAUUUU